GAGAGUUUCAUGCACAGUCGGUAGACAGGAAUAUAUAAAGGCACUGGUUGAGGCCUAUGUUAUGCCAAGGACUCCAAACCAACCGGUCUGAAAGGACCACAGAUCCAUUCUAUCAAGAAGAAUUCAUCUGUAACACUGUCAAUGUUGGGCGUUUUCCGUCGCCUCGGGCUCGGCGCCCUUGCCGCCGCAGCUCUGUCUUCUCUCGGCAGUGCCGCUCCCGCCAAUGUUGCUAUCCGGUCUCUCGAGGAGCGCGCUUCUUCUGCUGACCGUCUCGUAUUCUGUCACUUCAUGAUUGGUAUUGUUGGUGACCGUGGCAGCUCGGCAGACUAUGAUGAUGAUAUGCAACGUGCCAAAGCCGCUGGCAUUGACGCCUUCGCUCUGAACAUCGGUGUUGACGGCUAUACCGAUCAGCAGCUCGGGUAUGCCUAUGACUCUGCCGAUCGUAAUGGCAUGAAAGUCUUCAUUUCAUUUGAUUUCAAUUGGUGGAGCCCCGGCAAUGCAGUUGGUGUUGGCCAGAAGAUUGCGCAGUAUGCCAACCGCCCUGCCCAGCUGUAUGUCGACAACCGGCCAUUCGCCUCUUCCUUCGCCGGUGACGGUUUGGAUGUAAAUGCGUUGCGCUCUGCUGCAGGCUCCAACGUUUACUUUGUUCCCAACUUCCACCCUGGCCAAUCUUCUCCCUCAAACAUUGACGGCGCCCUUAACUGGAUGGCCUGGGAUAAUGAUGGAAACAACAAGGCACCCAAGCCGGGCCAGACUGUCACGGUGGCAGACGGUGACAACGCUUACAAGAAUUGGUUGGGUGGCAAGCCUUACCUAGCGCCUGUCUCCCCUUGGUUUUUCACCCAUUUCGGCCCCGAAGUUUCAUAUUCCAAGAACUGGGUCUUCCCAGGUGGUCCUCUGAUCUAUAACCGGUGGCAACAGGUCUUGCAGCAGGGCUUCCCCAUGGUUGAGAUCGUUACCUGGAAUGACUACGGCGAGUCUCACUACGUCGGUCCACUGAACUCUAAGCAUUUCGAUGAUGGCAACUCCAAAUGGGUCAAUGAUAUGCCCCACGAUGGCUUCCUGGAUCUUUCGAAGCCGUUCAUUGCCGCAUAUAAAAACAGGGAUACCGACAUCUCCAAGUAUGUUCAAAAUGAGCAGCUCGUUUACUGGUACCGCCGCAACUUGAAGGCAUUGGACUGCGACGCCACCGACACAACCUCUAACCGCCCAGCUAAUAACGGAAGUGGCAAUUACUUUAUGGGACGCCCUGAUGGUUGGCAAACUAUGGAUGACACCGUUUAUGUUGCCGCACUUCUCAAGACUGCCGGUAGCGUCACGGUCACGUCUGGCGGAACCACUCAAACGUUCCAGGCCAACGCCGGAGCCAACCUCUUCCAAAUCCCAGCCAGCAUCGGCCAACAAAAGUUUGCUCUUACUCGCAACGGUCAGACUGUCUUUAGCGGCACCUCAUUGAUGGAUAUCACCAACGUUUGCUCUUGCGGUAUCUACAACUUCAACCCAUAUGUUGGCACCAUUCCUGCCGGCUUUGACGACCCCCUACAGGCUGACGGUCUUUUCUCUUUGACCAUCGGAUUGCAUGUUACAACCUGUCAGGCCAAGCCAUCUCUUGGAACCAACCCUCCUGUCACUUCCGGCCCUGUGUCCUCGCUUCCAGCUUCCUCCACCACUCGCGCAUCCUCGCCUCCUGUUUCUUCAACUCGCGUCUCUUCUCCCCCUGUCUCUUCCCCUCCUGUUUCUUCAACUCGUGUCUCUUCUCCCCCUCCGGCCAGCAGCACGCCGCCAUCGGGUCAGGUUUGCGUUGCCGGUACCGUUGCUGACGGCGAGUCUGGCAACUACAUCGGCCUGUGCCAAUUCAGCUGCAACUACGGUUACUGCCCACCAGGACCGUGCAAGUGCACCGCCUUUGGUGCUCCCAUCUCACCACCGGCAAGCAACGGGCGCAACGGCUGCCCUCUGGCGGGAGAAGGCGAUGGUUAUCUGGGCCUGUGCAGUUUCAGUUGUAACCAUAAUUACUGCCCCCCAACGGCAUGUCAAUACUGCUAGGAGAGAGAUCAAUCUUAGUAUGGGUAUAUGGAGGCUGCCGAAGGACCAGUUAGCUGUUCUUAUUGGUAGGCGAAACCCAUAGAGCAAGAAGUUAAAUAAAAUGCAAUUGAUCUGUUUUCAAUCCUGGUUGUAUAUACAUGUAUAUACCCUUGAACAUUAUGAGGCCUCUCUGGAUUAGUAUCAUUCAUCUUUUUAAAGACAGUAAGGCUGAAGCUGUAGACAAAGAAAUGCAAUGGCCAUCCCGGAAGAGCCGAUCUCAAAGCAGUAAAUCCCUUCAUUCGGCCCCAAUCAACUUGGAAUAUUUC